ACUCUCACUCACCACUAUCGAUUUCACAAAGUUUUGUUAAUUCGAUGCAAAACGUCAGUGCUCCAGCUCCAGGUGACAUUUGUUUACGGGACCGGUUAUUUCGUACACGUAAUACGUGGAUUUUUAACUGUACCAUGCAUUGAUCUAGUCGAUGAAAUUCGUCAUAAACGAAAAUGCCAGUUACUGGAGAAAACGAGCUUGGUGAGAUAGAAAAUGUCCGUGUGGUUGUUCGAGUUCGACCACUAAAUGGAAAAGAGUUGGAUGGUCACUGCAAGAAGAUAAUCAAAGUAGAUCGUCUGAACGCUGAGUUGACGGUAGAGAAUCCAAAUGCUCAGCAAGGUGAACCACCCAAGGUUUUCUCCUUCGACGCAGCCUUCGACGUAGACUCGACCCAAGUCGACAUCUACAAUGAAACAGCUCGUCCAAUCGUUGACAAAGUUCUCCAGGGCUACAAUGGCACGAUAUUCGCGUACGGCCAGACAGGAACGGGGAAGACCUACACAAUGUCAGGAGCAAAAACUUCACCCCAGUUACGAGGAAUCAUUCCAAAUACUUUUGCCCAUAUAUUUGGGCACAUCGCCAAGGCAGAUGAGAACCAAAAGUUUCUGGUUCGUGCUGCAUACCUUGAAAUUUAUAAUGAAGAAAUCAGAGAUUUGCUUGGAAAGGACCAGAACACGAGGCUCGAGGUGAAGGAACGACCAGACAUUGGAGUAUUUGUCAAGGAUCUCAGUGGAUACGUCGUCAACAAUGCUGACGAUCUAGACAGAAUAAUGACCCUGGGAAACAAGAACAGAGUGGUGGGAGCCACGGCUAUGAACGUCUCCAGCUCCAGAUCUCACGCCAUAUUUACCAUAACUGUUGAGUCUAGUCAAAUUGGAGAGGAUGGGGAGCCCCAUGUUAAGAUGGGAAAGCUUCACCUAGUGGAUCUUGCGGGCUCUGAGAGACAGAGCAAGACUAAAGCCACUGGAAUCAGACUGCGUGAAGCUACGAAGAUUAAUCUCUCCCUUUCCACCUUGGGGAAUGUUAUUUCGGCUCUUGUGGAUGGCCAGAGCUCUCAUGUGCCUUACAGAAACUCUAAACUUACAAGAUUGUUGCAGGAUUCCCUUGGAGGAAAUUCCAAGACUCUUAUGUGUGCAAACGUGAGUCCAGCGGACAUAAACUAUGACGAAACAAUCAGCACCCUUCGCUAUGCAAACCGUGCCAAGAAUAUUAAGAAUCGUGCGAGAAUAAACGAGGAUCCAAAGGACGCCCUGUUGCGUCAAUUCCAGGACGAGAUUGAACAGCUCCGCAAACAGCUGGAGGAGAAUGGCGCAGAGGUCUCGGAGUCCGACGGUGAGUCCGACGAAUCAGAGACAGGUGAAACGAGAAAAGAGCGUCAACUUCGUCGACGCAGCCAGAUGCUGACGAUGGAGGAGCUUGAAGACAAGGAUUUAGAAUCAUCAGUGGAGAAAGUCGACACGGCAGAGCACAAUGAUAAGAGCCCUGACGAUAAGGACGUCAUUGAGUUGAAGAGAACACAAUCUGAGAAGGAAGCACUCCGUCAGAAGAUGACUAAUCUCCAGAACAAAAUUCUUGUUGGAGGUGAAAAUCUUCUGGAAAAGGCUGAGGCCCAGGAGCAAAUGUUGGCGGCAGCGGCUGUUGAGCUCGAUCAGAGAAAAAAACGCGAGGAGCAAUUGAAGAAGGCAAUUGAGGAGAAAGAAGCAGAGAGAAUCGACAUCGAGGAGAAGUACUCGUCUUUGCAGGAAGAAGCUGCCGGCAAAACUAAGAAACUGGCUAAGGUCUAUACAAUGCUCAUGUCAGCAAAGGCUGAACUCUUGGAUCUUCAGGAAGAGCACCAGAGGGAAAUGGAGGGGAUCCUUGAGGGGGUUAGGGCCAUUGGUAGGGAGCUCCAGCUUCAGGAGCUUAUCCUCAACAGCUACAUCCCUGUUCAGUAUCAAACGAUGAUCGAGAGAUACGUCCACUGGAACGAGGACAUUGGCGAGUGGCAACUCAAGUGUGUCGCCUACACUGGCAAUAAUAUGAGAAAAGCACAGGCGACACCGCCCCUUGGCAACUCCAAGGAUCAACCGCAACUCGAUCUCUCCUAUCUCUACUUAACUUAUAACACAGAGCCAGCGAGGAAUUUCACACAGCCCAAGAAAGUCAGGGGACGUUCCGGUGUUCCUAGACCCACGACCGCCCAUCGAAGAACUCCUAAUUAAAUUCCGAUUCCAAAUUCGUUUAGAAUAGGAUGUUGAAGUACUUCAAAGUACCCAUGAGGUUUUUUAUUCGCGUUAUAUAUUCAUUUUUUAUUCAUUUCAUUACAGAGCUGUAUUUCUAUUUAAUCUUUUUC